ACUAAAAACAAAGGGGAAUUAGUUGGACACAGAGAGUGCCUGAGUUUUAAGCAGACGAAUUAUAUAACUCGGAAAGUGAGUGAGUGAGUCGACAAAUGUGAUGAAACUGGGUUAACUUUUAGGUGAAGUCGAUGUUUUUUUAAUGUUGUUUUUUAAGCUUUAAAAUCAAUAUAUGUCUAGGAGAAAAAAACCAGUGGGAAGCAGAAGAGAAAGGAAAGACCCAGAUCUGAAAGUUCUCUCCUUUUUUUUCUGUGUUGAAUUUUGAACGAGUAGGAUUAUACUUCAUAUAUGUGUGUAUGUAUGUACUGUAUACACUUAGAAAUUUCAAAAAGGAAAACCCAAGUCUCUCACUCAAACUGAAACUCAACAUCAUUAUAUGAUCUGACCCUUUAUCCAAAAUGCCGCGCCCUUUUUUCCAUAAGCUUAUUCUCUCCACCACCCUUCACGAAAAGAAACUGAGGAUCCCUGAUAACUUUGUUAAGAAAUUCAGGGAUGAGCUUUCUGUUGCUGCCGCUCUCACUGUCCCUGACGGUCAUGUUUGGCGUGUAGGCAUAAAGAAAGCCAACAACAAGGUUUGGUUUCAGGAAGGUUGGCAGGAAUUCCUAGAGCGUUACUACAUCCGUGUUGGCUACGUUUUGGUUUUCAGAUACGAAGGAAAUUCUGCUUUCAGUGUCAGUGUAUUUAAUUUGUACAACUCGGAAAUAAACUAUCAGACUAACGCCCUUGUUGGUGCUCAAUACAAUCACGGAAAACAAUAUCCAUUUGAACAACUUGAAGAUGAUGAAUGCGUCUCUCCAGCACUGCAGAAUUUGUUUGGUGGGUCUAAACUUAACAACUGCAUAAACUGGGGUGGUGACGUUAACCUUCAAACUUCAAAGAGAGUGAAUAAUCAAGCUAUUCGAGUGAAACUGCAUACUUCAGGUGCAAUGCCACCUGAACAGAAAAAGCGCGGGAGGAAGCGGCAGGUUGAUCCUAACAUACAGGAGCCAUCUGCUGGAAAUGUAGAUGAGGUUGAUAUGCGCUUUCGAUCUUAUGAAAGUGCUUCAGCCCGAAAGAGAACCUUGACAGCUGAAGAAAGAGAGAGAGCAAUUAAUGCAGCCAAAGCAUUUGAGCCAACUAACCCCUUCUGCAGGGUUGUCCUGCGACCAUCAUAUUUAUACAGGGGAUGUAUUAUGUACUUACCAUCAUGCUUUGCUGAGAAACAUCUAAACGGGGUUUCGGGAUCCAUUAAACUUCAGCUUCCUGAUGGGAGACAGUGGUCAGUACGAUGUCUUUAUAAAGGAGGCAAGGCUAAGUUCAGUCGAGGAUGGUAUGAAUUCACACAGGAGAAUAACUUGGGAGAAGGGGAUGUCUGUGUCUUUGAAGUGCUGAGAGCGAGGGAAAUUGUGCUCAAAGUGACUGUAUUUCGUGUAAUGGAAAGCGCUGGACUAAUGCAUCGGUCUCACUAAAAUGCCGCCGGAGUUCUAAAGUUUAAAUCAACCUAGAUUAUAGACAACCGGAAAUCUCUGAAAUGACAGAACUCUGUUAAGUAACCCUUUUCUGGCUUCACUAGGGUUGUAAAUAAAUUUAUCCAAUGUAGUCAGUCCACUUUGAACCGGGUCCUUACACUUGAUUUUUAUGGUCUGUUUGAUUGGUUUGAAAUCGAAUUUUUAUCCUUCACUACUCGGCUUGAA